AUGCACCGCCAAGAUUCCGGAUACGAGUCGAUCACGCCUCGCGAGGGACCGUCUAAAAGCCCCGGGACGUCCCAGCGGAGAGCUCACUCAACUCACUCGAGCCGUACCGGCAGUCGGACCCGUCCUCCUACCCGGCGAAAUGCCAUGUCUGGCUCGGUAAACCGCCUGCCCAAGACGGCAAAGUACAACAGCCGCUCUAACCUCGUCCACUCCGGCAGCCCUGUCACUGUCAUCCCCUCGUUGUACGACAACAGCAUCUACCAGGACAGUAGCCCUUACAGCACUCGGGCCAGCGAUCCUACAUCUUAUUAUCCUACAUCCUAUUUUCACUUCCCCUCGCCCGAUCCCCAUACCACCGGUGACGACGCUGUACUGCCCAACAGCGCUUCCGAACAUGGCUUCGAUGCCAGCUAUGACGCCCCCGGUAAUGACGACGUCUACCAAACUCCGCCACAGACGACGCACUACUGGACGAGCGAUCAGACACGGAGGCUCGAGUAUGCCGCCAUCGAUGCAGCCAGCCGCGGGUUCAAGGGCUGGAUGAUGCGACACAUGGUGCCAGACUGCUUCAUCCCCAAGGCCAAGCGGCGGAUUACGUUUGACGACGAUACGGGCAGUGUGCGGCGGUAUCGUAUUGAGCUCGAGGCGGAGGAGUCAACCGAGAAGGAGUGUGUUUCGAACAUGAUGCGUCGUGGCUUUAAGAAGAGCGGCUCCAGCAGGAGGUCGUAG